AUGGAUAAUCGCAGAAAACCACAAUCCUAUCAUCGUUAGAGAACUGGAAUCCUGAUAACGAACAAACAAUAGACAAGAAAGAGGUCACCAAAAAAGACAUACUCAAAAGCUAUUCACCCGUUGAAUUUGCACACUAAGGCCAUGUCUUAAAAAAACUUAGAUUUUGUGUCAUCAGAAAGUUCAGAGUAUUCACAAGAGGCUUUGAUUGAAGACAAUAAAAGCUGUUGCUGCUUCGAUUGCAGCAAGCCCAAUAAGAAAAUGAAAUGUCUAUAAAAGAAAUUCGUUUUGUUUCGAACGCAGAUGUCAAUAGUUAAGUAGCAGAGGUUGCACAUAAGAUUUUAAAAUGCAGUUUAUUGCAUUCUCUACUUGAUUAAUAAGCGAAGGAAACAAAGAUUGUUAGAAAAACAGAAGAAGAUGUUUAGAUACAAAACCAAAGUAUUCUUCGAUGGCUCUCCUCUCUUGCCGCCACAAUAACUAUAACAUUAAGUUAAUGUGCAUGAUGAGAAACAUCCAGUCAAUAUACAUUCUCAAUCUAUUUAGGCUAAAAUUAUUGAUUAAAGACAUAAAUAAAGAUAAUCAGUAAGAGUAUAUUUGUAAUAAAAAUUACAUGAUAAGGAUUCGUAAAUUACAUUACCCAAGAUCCACAAGUAUAGUCAGAGUUCCUAUUGCAAUAUUCAGCCACUGAGAUUCCAAAAGACAGAAGACCAGAAGUCUCCUAGGUGUUCCACACAAUUAAAGAUAUCCCAUCACACAGAACACAGUCCUUGUGCAGUCUAAAAUUCUCCUUACUUGAAUCACUUGACCUCUAGAAACCCUAUUGAGACCUUCAUUUAAUCAUCCUUCAGUAAAACACCCAGACCAGUAACCAAGAGCAUUUAAUCUGAAUUACUUACUUAAAAACACUAAUUUCAUUAAAGAAAGAAUACAGCAACCACAUUAAAAGGAUUAGUUUGA